AAUUUUUGUAAAAUUUUACUAAUAGAAUUAAUUUGAUUGUCAGUAUUUGCCAUUUUAAGAACAUUAAUUGAUUUCAAAUCGAGGUAAUCUAAUGCAUAUUGAUUAAGAGUCCUAAAAAUCCCAUAUUAACAUGCGUUCAAUGUUAAUAAUUUUAAGUGAAUUCUUUAAUUCAAAAGCUCAAUAUGAAUAGUUUUUGUACACGGAUUUUGAAAAAUGUAGUUACCUGUACAGUAGAACAAGUACGAUAUAUUCGAGAAACUCCAUGGAAAAAAGAAUAUUUAAGAAGAUAUGGAUAUGAAGAUCCAUUUUUUAAGAGACCAGAUACUUUACCAAGACUUCCUGAGAAACAUAAGAAUUUGAAACUUGGUCUAAGUCAUUUACCAGAAUAUAAACCUUACAAACCCUGGUCAGAUAAACGAAAAUAUUUUGGCCAGAAUGAUUAUAUUGACAUUUUAGGAGAUGGAAGUAUUCAUCCUGUUAAACUGCUUACAAACAUGCCUCCAUGGUUGCGAGGUUUUAGUGGAAAUGAAUUUCAAAUGCUUUUAAAGAAACAAGUGUACUAUUCCCACUGGAGGUGGUCAAAACCUACAAAAUGGAAAAAUUUGAAUAAAAGGGUCAUGUGGUUGUAUAGAUAUUUAAAUAGGAAGAGAAAGCAAUAAUUUAUUAUUGCUUCCAAAAAUAUAAUGUAUUCUGAUAGAAGAAAUGUUUGUAUUGGUAUUAAAUGUGUUUUCUCUUGAAAAA